CGCAUUUCGAACGCGUUCGGGCGGGAAGCGGGAAAGCGGUAAAGCGCGAUAUAUUGUAGAUUUAAGCUGAGAAGAUGUCCAAAAGAAAAGAGUUCCUGGAUUCCGUUCAUCCGGACAAAGUCCAGGACUUUCUCGACUUCAUUAAAUUACACAAAGAUGGCUCGGAGCCGCUGGACCUGGUGGAGGUGGUGCAGGAGCUGCAGAGAAAUCAGAGGGUGGAGCUGUGGGCGAAGCUGUCUGCGUUACUGCAGCACACACUCCAGGCCUACCCACCAGAGCGCUGGAUCACAGGCCUCGACGGAGACAGUGGAGACGAGAUGGAGGUGGAGGUGUCUGCUGAGCUGAAACUCACGAUGGCCGUGCUGGACGCCGUCACUGUAGUGUGUACGGUGUCUGUGGACGUUAUUCAGGAUGGAGACGCCUACACUGCUUUGCUGGACUGUGCUCAUGUGCUAAAUGGUAUAGAGAGCUCUCUGCCUGUGUCUGAGAUGCCUCUUCAGCAGGCUAUUCAUUGGCUCUUUGAAUGCUGGUGGAGGCGGGGCCUGCAGGGGAAGGAGGAGCUCGGCUGGACCGCGUUUGUCGUUUGUUUGGAGAAUACGGUCACACUCAAGACACCGGUGAGGGAGCUGAACAGGCUGUACAGCCUGAAGGAAGUGUUACUCACGGUGGACUUUGAUUCGGAGAGAGGUCAGUACGUCACCAGCCCUCUGCUGCAGUGCUUCCUCAGCACCAACCACAUCAAACGGGAGGAGGGGAAACGUUUUCUGGCAUUUCUCUUCGGCUGGGACGUGAACUUCGUCAGGAUGAUCCACGAGACCAUCAAAAACCAGCUGCAGUUUUUCUCUAAGGCUGUGGCGGCCGAUGUGGCGGAGAUCUACUUCAGGGCGUGGAAGAAGGCGAGCAGCCCAUUCCUGGAGGAGAUCGAGUCUUCCUGCAUCCAGGACUUCAUGCAGCACGCUCUGCUCCUGCACAGAACCUCACCCGUCCACCCCAAAGUCCGGCAGAUUCUGACGUAUUUCCACAAGCAGAAGUUUCGUCAGGGAAUAGAUGAGAUGCUGCACCGCCUCUAUAAGCCCAUCUUGUGGAAGGCUCUAAAGGCGGCGAAUGCGGAUGUCCGCGCAAACGCCGCUCUGCUGUUCACUGAGGCGUUUCCUGUCCAUGACCCUGGGCUGAGCAGUGAGAAGGUGGAUGAGCUGGUGCAGAAACAGCUGGAUACGCUCUUCGCUCUGCUGGAUGAUCCGCGACCGUUGGUGCGUUCCUCGGCUGUUUUGGGGGCGUGUUCAAUUCUGGCGCGCUGCUGGGAGCUCCUCCCCUCCACAGUCAUCACUGACCUGUUGAAGAAAAUCCUCCUCCAACUGGCCACUGACACAAGCUCCCCCGACGUCCGCUGCGCCGUCUUCAUGUGCAUAUCGAUGAUACUGGAUAACAGUAUGAGUCAUCCACUGAUGGAGAAGUUGCUUCCAACACUGAAGACCAGCCUUCACGACACCUCAGAGAAAGUGCGCGUGGCCUUUGUGGACUUGCUGCUCAAGAUCAAAGCUGUCCGAGCAGCCAAGUUCUGGAAGGUAUGCUCAAUGGAGCACCUGCUGGCUCGGCUGGAGCUCGACUCUCCAUCCGUCUCUAAGCGAAUCGUCAACCUGCUCUUCAACUCGUUCCUCCCUGUCAGUCAGCCGGAGGAGGUCUGGUGUGAGCGCUGCGUCACCAUGAUUCAGAUGAACCCGGGAGCCGCCCGCAAGUUUUACCGCUACGCCUACAUGUACACGGCACCCACUAAUAUAGUGAAACUGAUGCUGAUGAUUCGAAAGUGUCUGAACGCCUGCAUUCAGAGAACUGGAGACACGGCUGACGAAUCCAUCACCAGCAAUAAGGAAAACACAUCUGUUUUGGAGGACGUUCUCUCUGUGAAGGACACGUCUGUCAUGGCCAGUAUGCUGGAGAUUGUGGUGAUUCUUUGGAGGAGUGUGCAGAAAUCUCUAGAGCACAACAAAGAGGCCCUUCAGUACACCACUGCCAAAUUCGCCUCAGUCCUGCCAGAGUACCUCAGAGUCUUCCAGGAAGAGCGCUGUACAGCUCCACUCAUCCGCUUGGCGUCAUUACUGCCUGCUGCUUCUGUUCCUGCACUCAGGAGUAAAGUAAUGGCUCAGUUGAGGCGUCUGAACGCUGGUUCUGCCGUGACUCUGUACAGUCAGCCGAUAGAGUGUGUGUGUAGCUGGGGUCAGGUGAGCCACAUUCUGGAGCUCGUGGUGGAGUGGCUGACUGAGGCAGCACCUCUAAACCCGGGUGAACAAAGUGAGUCUGAUUCUCGAAGGGUCCAGUUUGAUGAACCCUCAGAGGCUAAGCCUGAUCUGGCUCUGGAUUACCUGGAGUAUCUGCUGACGAGGCCGCGGACGCGAGACUGCCUGCUGGGCUUGUCGCUGGAUCAGCUCACUUCACUGCACAGUGCACUGAGUGCAUGGAAGGCGGUGCUGUACUCUUCACUGAGUGAGUGUGUAGCCAGUGCGGCGGUGACCGAGACGGCACUCAGAGCUUUCAGCUUACACGCCCGCCUCACCAUCCAUCUGCAACACAGAUACCCAGACAGGCGGGACUUCCUGGGCUCUUUGGAGCACUGCAUGGACUGGGUGGAGAAGAGGGUCCUCCCCUUCCUGGCUGCCCCUGGUGACGACAUCUCUGAGCAGCAGCUGACUCUGGGCAAGCAGAUUGUAGAGAGCUGUCUGACGUUGUGCAGGGAUGCGGUGCGGGUUGCCCUGGGAGACGCCGAUUUCAACGAUCAUGUCCUGCAGCUCGGCUCCUGUGUUCUGCUGUCUGAGAAGGGGUACACGUGUAUCCCGCUGCUGUUGUCUGUGCUCUCUGAAGUGGCUCAGGACGGCUUUUCCUGCAACACUGAAGUCCAGGAGGAGCAGCUGUGUGUUACUCUUCGAAUUGUAACCAACAUUUUCCAGAAAGUUCUGGAGGUCAUGGCACACCGACUUCGGAAGGACAAAGAAGAGGGUCAGGAGCUGUGCUGCUUGUCUGAAGAUGCUCUACACGACUUCCUGCUGGUGACCCAGUUGGCGUCUGAAAGGUCAGAGGUCGUGUCUGGAGUCUUCUCGUCGCUGUGUGCCGCUGUCAUCAUUGACAUCAGCCGGACGCUGCAGAAGUUGUCUCAUCCUGAAGAGGUGAUGACCCCAGAGACAGCGACUGACCUACCACCUCUCUCGAGCACCAUCAUUACAGUCAUACUCAAAUCACCAGCCGUUACCAGGUGUUUCCUGUCUGAGACGGGUUCCUCGGUGGACUCAGAGGCCAUCGACAGCAUCGCAGGACUGGCUGCUGUCACACACAUUCUGGCUGUUCUUAGAAAAACGGAUAAGUUCAAGCAGGAUCUGAAGAGCAUCGCUGUUUCUGUCCACAAACAGAUCCUACAGCACUGUUCCAUCACAGCACAGGAUCCAGCACACACACAGAGGGUCAUCUAUGAGAACGCUGUCAGGACACUGAAUGAGGUUCUGAUGCCGUGAAUCUACGGAUCGUAAUUUUAGAAGAAAUUACAAACACGGCAAAGAAUCAUAUACUUACUGUCUCACUCAGAAUUUCUCCUUUGUUCACAUUUGUAAGGUUUUCCUCUGCCCAGUGUGGAGCAUGUGAGCUAAUUUUUUACAGAAUCUGCAAUACAGCAUCAUUAUGAAGCCCUUAUUUCUAUUUGUUGGACCUUUUGUAGUAGACUGUCACAAUGGAGCAGUGUGUUCCUAAUGACAUUGAUGGGGAAUCUUUCAAAUUUCUGUAUGAAUCAGUGGUUCAGAUGUAAACAGAGUCAUUCAGAGUGGUUUGGUGUGAAAUGCUUGAUUGGCUCAGAGGCUCAGAUGUCUUUACAGUGGUGGUGAUAGGA